AUGGCCACGGCCCCCACCAUAUCCACAGUCCUGCUGAAGCCUGAGUUCUCUGUGGACAUGACCUGUGAAGGUUGCUCUGAUGUGGUCAAUCUGGAGCUCAACAAGGUGGGAGGAGCUGACUUUGACAUUGACCUGCCGAACAAGAAGGUCCGCAUCAACUCUGAGCACAGUGUGAACACUCAGUUGCAUACCCUGGACAAAACAGGAAAGGCUAUUUCUUACCUUGCCCCCAAGUAA